CCCCGUGCUCCACAACGGUCGGCAGAGCAAUGAUUCAUAGCCACCCUAUACAAAAUGUCACUAGACUUCAAAACGCGCAGCCCACGAAGGGGAGAGCAGAGCGAUCUGCAAUCUAGUGGCUGUCAAGCAACAUAUUGUUGCCACCUAGUUUAUCCCCCCGACGUAAAGUCAAGUCGGAAGGAAGAUAAAAGUGGCGAGCGCCCGGCGUGGCACCACGCCGGCGGUGCUCCUGAGGGCUCCGGGUUCAUACCGGAUGUCGCUUACGCAGAGUAUGCGGACAAUGUGAAGAGAGGCGAUAGGCAAGGGCCAGGCUCAAGGUUGGGAUAGGAGAGGCGGAGAGGAAAGGUCAGCGGCGGGGCCAGAGAGAGGAUAAUCCGAUAGAUUGAGGCGAAAGUGAGGUAAGUCUGCGUCUCGUGACCCGGGGUCCUAAGCGAACACAGCAGUGGAUGCCGUUGACCACA